CCCGCGCCCCGCUCCGACCAUGUCCCGCGCGCUGCUGCUCUGGGCCGCCGCGCUGCUGGCGCUCAGUGCCGGCGCCGCCGCGCUGCCCUGCUCGCCGCUCACCUUUGACGAGGACAGCGUGGUGUGCGUGUGUAACGCCACCUACUGCGACACGUUUCCCGAGCUGACGCCGCCGUCCGGCGCUGAUGUGCUCGUGGUCACCUCGUCCCGCGGUGGGGACCGGUUCGCCGUGACCAGCGCCCAGUUCGGCCCGGAGGCGUGCCCGCCGGAAUGGGUCACCGGUGUCCGGGUGCCGCAGGCAGAGACCCGCCAGCAGGUCAGCGGGUUCGGCGGCGCGUUCACGGACGCGGCCGGCGUCAACAUCAACAGCCUGUCUCCGGAGGUGCAGGAUCAGCUGCUGCGCGCGUAUUUCGCCGAGGAGGGUAUCCGCUACAAGCUGGGUCGGGUACCGAUCGCCGGCACCGACUUCUCCGAGCGACCCUACUCGUACGACGACAACCCGGGCGAUGAGUCUCUCGAGCAGUUCGCCCUUACCGAAGAGGACUUCCUCCUGAAGAUCCCUCACAUCCUGGCGGCGCGGGAACUCGCUCCCGACCUGCAGCUCUUCGGCUCGGCCUGGUCGGCGCCGGCCUGGAUGAAGACCAACAACGACUUCAUCGGCAUAGGCUUCCUCAAGACUGAGUACUACCAGCUGCGGGCCGACUACAUCGUCCGCUUCCUGGAGGAGUACGUGGCCAACGGGAUCCCGAUCCAGGCGAUCACCACGCAGAACGAGCCGACCAACGUACUGAACACGUACGGCUUCUGGAACACCAUGGCUUGGACGCCCGAGAUGCAGCGCGACUGGGUGCGCGACAACCUUGGACCUACCAUCCGCGGCAACGCCAACUUCUCCGACACCAAGAUCAUCAUCCUGGACGACCAGCGCAUCCUGCUGCCGGACUGGGUGAACACGAUCCUGGACGACGCCGACGCCGCUCAGUACGUGGAUGCCAUCGGCGUGCACUGGUACCGCGACGGGGACGCGCCGGCCUCGCUGCUCACAGACACGCACAAACUGCACCCGAACGUUCCGCUGAUCGCCACCGAGGCCUGCGAGGGCUCCAUAUUUGAGAAGACGGUGGCACUGGGCGCCUGGUCGCGCGCCGAUACCUACGCCGCCGACAUCCUGGACGACCUAAACAACUGGGUCACCGGCUGGGUCGAUUGGAACAUCGCGCUCGACAUGACGGGCGGACCCAACUGGGCCGGUAAUUAUGUGGACUCGCCCAUCAUCAUAGACGCGCACGGCGACCAGUUCUUCAAGCAGCCCAUGUACUACGCGCUGGGCCACUUCUCGGUGCUGCUGCCGCACGGUACGGACAUCGUCGCCAUGGAGGAUCCGUCCGACAGUCUGAAGGGCGUGGUCGGUCUGCGUGCGGACGGCCAGACGGUGGUGACGCUGCUCAACAGGGCCGAGGAGGCGCAGCAGGUGGUCGUCACGGACGCGACUCGCGGUUCCGUCAGCCUGACGCUGCCCGCCCGCAGUCUGACGUCCGUUCUGUACGCCACUGCCGACUAAGCGCCCAGCCGUAUACUGUACGCCAUUUAAUUUGGCGUCAAUUUUUCUAACGACAAUAUGAGUGGACUUUUAUCGGUUAUGAUACAGAAAUGAGUUACCUCAGUAGGUAGUUGUGGUAUUUCUUCAGUAAUCAGCUUAACGGUAGCCACAAAUGCCAGCACUACCUACAACUUAUGGUCAAUGGUGAACGUAUCGAUGGGCAUUCAUUAUUUGCCCAUAGAUAUUCACGCCUUGCAAGGAACAUAAAUCUCCUUUUAACGCGUUAAACUAAAAUGGGCAGCCUGCUUUUACAUUGCUAUCCAGUAGAUGACAAACCUUUGAUGUAUCAUUCUUUAUUUUGCACAUGCGUGAAAAUUUCACGUGACAAAAGUUAAAGUUUUCAUGCUCGUCAGAGCUGCGCUGACGGACUUAUUUUCAUUGUGAUUCCCAGGGAUUGAUAAGGGUGCAUAAUGUACGAAACGAAUGUCACGCAUGUUUAAGCUCAUACUUACAUAUAUGGCAAAAGUCAAUUAGUCAACGCGUUUUGGUCCUAAUAUAAAUUAUUUUGAAUCAUUGACUUUUGCCAAUAUGUCGCGUAUUUUCAAAAUGUGUGACCUAAGGUUAGGUCAAUUUUGCAACCUCUCCAUGAUAAGUAAAUGGGAUAAAAUGAAACGUAGGUACUCUUUACGAAUACCAUUCUAAACGCGUCGACAUCGUCUAAGAGGUUAAUAGGUAUUGAAUAUUUAAUCGGUAAAUUGGACCCAUGACC